CUUUCUUCUAUGGGUGACUAUGACAAAAAGGAACCGUCGAUGCGUUCACCGGGAUUAGAAAUGCUGGCGGAGUCUUUACCGAAGUUAAUGGAAAACGAGCCCGAGUCUUCUGCCGUCGGUACAGGAAUGUCUUCACCGCCCCGAAUGCGGCUUUAUGCAUCGCCCUUGAAUCUCUUUUCAAGGAAACCCACUCAUCAACAGCACAGAACUCUCUCACCGGUCCUACGGCAAACUUCACACCCGGAUCGAAAUCAGUUUACAGAGCUUCCAUCUUCCUACCCCGGCAUUCUCCUUGUGGACGCAGGUCGACCAUCCGCCGAAAGAGAAUCGACUUCUCCUUCAUCGUCUGACUCUAUUGCCAAGUUCAGUGAUGAGGAUUUGAGGCCGUCACGAACAGACAUGCCAACUAAUGUUUACGAAUACCCGUCGUCACUUUCAAUAUCCUCAUCAGAAAGUGGGGAUUAUACACUCCCAGUAAAACAAAGAUCAGCAGAUUUACAGCCCUCUGGUAUGAGAUCUAGAAAAUCGCUUAACAUUCCGUCACACUUUAAAGUCAUCAGGCAGCCGUCUAACGAAAAGAUCCUUGAGGACUCCAUUUACGUAGCCCCAAACAAACCGCCUUUGAGUAUUCCUCAGAAUCUAGCAUUUGAAAUUAAGUCUGAGGAUCACAUAACAACUAAAAGCAUUUCCAAUGACCUGAUGAAUGUGAAAUUAAGAAAUGGUACGCUAAGAAGAAUCCCGCCGAAGAAUUUUGGAUUUAUGCGAUUGUUUAAAGCAAAAUAUCUUGGUUCAAAAUUGGAUCUGAAAAAUCAAACUCAAGAAAAGCACUUGAAAGAAAGAAAUGAAGGGAAUAUUCUAAACAUGAACAAAAGAAAUGAGGUUCAACAAAAAGAAGUCAGUAAACUUGUUCCUACAUUUCCUACAACCCUGAACGAUACGUUUCUCCAGCGGAGAGGACACGCCCAAGAGAAUCUCCGAAGGAAACGUUCCGGAGGGAGUCGGUGGGUGUGGGGCACGCCCGGCCGGAGCACCACCACGGCGCCGCAGCUCACGACAGCCGUCCGCCUCGACACUCAGGUGGCUGACGCUUUUCCAGAUAAUGUUCCAGAGCGCCACUUUCCAGUAUCGUAUGACGGAGAUCAAAAUUUCGACCACCAUCCGCAGCAUGUUCUGGCGUCUCCAGGUGAAGAAUAUAAUUCUGACGAAGAUAAAGACUCGCCGUUCUUACAGGAUACUGAUGCGAGUUUUACAAGCGAACCAAACUAUAACCGAAUGCCAUCCAACAGGGACGCCAUAGACCGUGAUUACAGUCACGUAUAUCACCCAACCUCUUCCUAUAGCUAUAUACAACCAGAACACCAAAACUACCACAGUGAACCUGUCGAUUACAACUACCACAGUCACCCAAACGACCACAACUACCACAAUCAACCACAGGGCUACAAUUACCACAGGAAGGAGAAGCCUCAUCAUCCAAUCGAAACGAAAUUCAGCUUGACCUUCCCAGUAAACAAAACGAUGUCCUUCAGAUGGUUUAAAGCCCUGACGAUGAAUGCAUCCUUCACUGACAUACAUAACCCUUUCAAACCGUUUCUGCAAUUCGGAUUUUCUUCUGGGAUGGAACCGGUGUACCAUCCUCACACAGGCUACGAGACCCAUCACGGACACCACACAUCCCAGUACAAACGCCAGAUGGACAUUUCCUCAGAUGACACACCUGGUGACCGGUAUGUUUCUGAAGAUUCGCAAGAUAGCUCCUUCGACAUCCUCAAUUUCUUGCCAAAGAUAGGCCUAAGUUUUGCGCGAGGAAAAGAAAAAGCCGCGUCCGCUUUCGAUCCUCUGGGGAUCAUAAUGCAAGGGUGGGAUUCCUUAAAGAACUUUUUCGGGGCGUCGGACGAGACUGGCGAAGAAAAGAGCGAAACAGCAUAUGUCCCUGAAUAUGUCUCCACGACAGAGAACUAUGGGCAACCAAGUGAAACUUACAUACUGUCUGAAGAAGUUCACGACCCAUAUAUCAGUACAUAUGAGCCACAUACAAGGAAGCCCUCUUUACGGUUCUACGAAACGUCAGCAGAGGACCAGUCGCACAUUCAUAUAGGGAAGUACACGCCACCUGUAAUUUAUAUACCAGUCGAGGAAAUGUACGACUCUUCUUCAGCGACCUUCUUUCAGUCAAAAGAAGCGUACACCCAAGCGUAUACCCCGACAACCGGAACGCACACAACCCACACCAAUGCAUACGCUGUGACAGAGGGAACGCCUUUUCCAUCUGCAGGGAUGAACACACAACCACGAGAUUAAGAACAGACAUUCCCGACCCAGAGCAUGCUACCUCAGGAAAUAUUUAACCUCAUGGACAGUCAGGACCAGGGUAUAGGAACCCCAAGCUAUGGACCCCACGCUCGAUUCAUGGGAUGGUCAGCAAAGGGACGGAAAUCCCUUCCACGUGGUCAAAACGCCGAACCUUCCACAGUCAACCCAAAAUAAAAAAAACAAAAGCUGCUCAGUAUAUCAUAAAGUAGGUCCAUUGCUUUUAUCAUAGAUUUCAGUGGUACGAUAUGUAUAAUUUGAUAGUAAUUUAUACCGGUCUGAGUAAAUGAUGUUAACUGCAAGCAUUGCAUGAUUUUUGCGUGAUUACUUGCUACAUUAUGCGAUGCAAUUAUGGAAAUCAAGCUGCAGUUGACGAAACGCUAGGUCAUCAACUAUUCAGAAUCGUUUACUCUCAGCGAUAAGCAUUCUUCGACACAAAUCAUGCAUCACGCCAUGAAACCACAGCUCGGACAUGGUCACUGUUGCAUAAUUGCGUCUCCCACCUGAAGACCAUUAAGCAACAAAUUAUAAAAUGUGUCGUCAAGCAGUUAGUACCUGAUACAUGAAAAUAUCUCCCCCUAUUUGCUAUUUAGCUGUAUAUUAAUGUAUCUCAAGAGUUUGCAUACUUCCACAACAUUUAAUUUAAUAUUCAAUUUUAUGGU